AGAAACUUGCUUGAGAAGGCGCGAAUUAGUAAAGAAAAAGGGGAGAGACUGGAGAGAGAGAGAGAGAGAGAGAGAGAGAGAGAGUGAGAAGAAUUGGAAAAGAAGAAAUUGCAGAAAUUGGUAACCGCUGAAGCGAUCGCGUGGAGCCGAAAACCCUCGCUCACUCUCCCAAGUCUUUCUCCCUCCCUCUAUCCAAAGCUGCAUUUCGGGGAUGGAGCCGCCGCCGUUAGCCAGAUUUGUCACACGGAAAACGAAGCUUCGUUCAAUGUCUGGGGCCAGCUCUUCCCGUUACGAACCGGAUGUCAUCGAGAUCAAUCCACCGGCUUCUAAGUCUCUCAAACAUAACCAGCCAGUUGCUCCUGAUGGCAUCAUUGAAAUUGAUGGAGACGAAGACCUUGGAGUUAUGUUAUUUGAUGAGAAAGUGAAAACGGUCGGCAAAGGGAAGGGUAUAGAAAAUGGGUAUGACAACAGUUGGCAACUUGUUAAGAAUGCUUUGGCCAAUGAUUUUGUGGGUCCUACUUCAACAAAUUUUGAGUUGCUAAAUAAUCUUCCUACAUUCAGUCUAGACGAUAUUGAGCCAGACCCUCAGGAUCUGGUGGACCUUGAAGAAUUUUAUGAUGAUUCACCAUAUUAUGAUUAUGGUUCAUCCCUGCAAGCCCAAUUUGAUGCGAUGGACCUCCCUCCCGGUGUAGAGGCAUCAAUUCCUUGGUUACUGGACUCUUCUGUAACUCAAAAGGCAACGGCUGGUACAAGCAGUUCACCAGUUCAUAGCCGGUCAAGUUCUUGCUGUGAAGUUGAACUGGUAGAGAUCGAUGAUGAAGAUGAUGAAGUCCUAAAGAAGUAUAAGGAUUUUAAACAAUUUGAUACUGUUGAAGAUUAUUCAGACCAUUAUUAUGGUCAGAGAAAUCCUUCACGAGCUAAGCCACCAAAAGCUUGGGCAAAGAAAAUUCAGGAGGAGUGGAAGAUCAUGGAAACAGGCUUACCAGAUACUAUAUUUGUGAGAGUCUAUGAAGAGAGGAUGGAUCUAUUUAGGGCUGUCAUUGUUGGGGCUGCUGGCACUCCCUACCAUGAUGGCCUUUUCUUUUUUGAUGUUCUCUUUCCUUCAAAUUAUCCUAAUGUUCCACCGCAAGUACACUACCAUUCUGGGGGACUUCGACUGAAUCCAAACUUGUACAAUUGCGGCAAAGUCUGUCUCAGUCUUUUGAAUACGUGGAGCGGUGAUGCAAACCAGAAGUGGAUCCCCGGAAAAUCAACCAUGUUACAAGUCUUAGUGUCCAUCCAAGCUUUGGUUUUGAAUGCACAACCCUACUUUAACGAGCCCGGAUAUGAAAUGAGCCGUGGGCAGGCAGCUGGUGAAAAGCGUUCACAGCAAUACAAUGAAGAAACAUUUAUCUUGUCCUGUAGGACAAUGCUUUACUCGCUAAACAGGCCACCUAAGAAUUUUGAAGAUUUUGUCAUAGGGCAUUUUUAUAAGCAUGCGUAUGAUAUCCUGGAGGCCUGUAAGGCAUAUAUGGAGGGUGCUCAGGUAGGUUGUCUUGUUAAAGGAGGGGUUCAGGACGUGGAUGAGGGUGACAAAAGCUGCUCGAAAAUUUUUAAGAAGAAAGUGUAUGAUAUUUCCAACUUGCUCUAUACAAAAUUUAUGGAAAUAGGAGCAAAGGGAUGUAUGCAUUUUGCACCCAAACAAUUCAAGGAGGAAGAAGAUUAUGGGUUUUAAUUAAGAAGUGUCUGUGGUGUGGUCUGGAAGAUCAAACAGACAGGUGGACUGAAGCUGACAUUGAGGCUAACAGUGAUCCUGUUUGUGGGUAAGAAGUCUUUUUUGGAAAUUUAGGUGGUAGGUUAGAAUUUGAACACGAGGAGACUUUGGUUGUAAAUAGAUGUAGAUAUGGCAAGA